CUAUCUAUGCUUGCAGCUACCACGCGUAUUCAUGCAAAAUAGAAUUUGAACAAAUAUCCUCCCUCUUUAUACAUACUCGUUCUUUAUUCAAUCAUCUAAUCCAUUUUUAAUUAGUCUUUAAGAUAUUAAUAAGAAACACUACACUAAACUUUUGUAUAGCAAAACCUCUUCCAUGAGAAACUAUCAAUAACUAUCAAUACCUUUAAGGUAGAAGGUUUGUUUUACGUUAAUGAUCACUUAGAAAAAUUGAUGUUUGAUGAACUCAGAACUUUCUCAAAUUCUGGAGGGGAAUGGAUUUUAUUGAAAUGUAAUGUCUGCUUUGGAGCACGUGCAAACGAGUAUGGAACAUUUAAAAUACAACACGACGCAGUAAUGACUGACAUAAAAUUGGUGCAUGUUGGUGGACCUGGUUUAAGGUGCGCAGAAAAUACACCACCAACAAAGUGGGGAUGUGAUCACUCACCUCCUUUUAAUGAAGGAAAUGUUGCAAGUGUACUUACAGAUGAUCAAAACAACCUACUUUACCCAUCUAUGAAGUAUCAUAAAAAGCUCGGAUUCUUUACUGUACCAGGGUACAACGCCAACUCUCCCUACCUCAUCUUUAAUGCAACAAGUCACACUGUUUACAAAGGACAAGAGCUGAGAUUACAUUAUGGUGAAACACGGUUUGGUGGAUACCUCUCUAAUAACAGUGGUGAAUCAUGUGCAGAUGUUUAUGCGAAAUUGUGUGACGAAUAAUUUUUUUGUGUAGUCUGUACUAAAUAGAAAAAUAACGUUCUUGCUUGGUGGAGAACUAUUGGUUUUACGUUUGUUUAGAUACUUAUUGGUUGUAGAUUCACACAAAAUUUAAAGAAGUUAGUUAGAAGAGAAAUCCCUUUUAAAUCCAUGUAUAUUAGUUACAAUAUUACGGCUGGCAAUGUUUAAUGAGACAUUCGGAAUUAUCCAGUCCAACUUUAACGACGCUCAGUCGAGUCUCAAUGUCUUAAACCGCUUAGUAAAAGAAGCGGGAAAGUUUUCUUCAGUCCCAGCAGCAGUUAUUUUGUUGUUUUAUGUUUGUGAUUUUUUUAUUUAUUUAGUAGUACAUAUUUCUACUUGAUAUAAAAUGUAUAAUAGUUGCACGAGGUUAUAAAAUAUAUUUAGCAGUUUUUUAGUGACUCUAGAAAUUCUUUUUUUUAACUUUUAAAUUCAUUUGUGGAGUAUUUAACUGUUACUUUUAACUGUUUCCAUUUAACACUCUGAAAAUUAUAAACAGUGUUAAAUUUUAAAAACAGUAAAAUUUUAAAAGUCGUAUUUUUUGGUUCUUUACGUUUACCCAUUUCCAGCACUAUUUUUCUUAUAGAAUUGUUCCUCUGGCUGGAGACUCUUGUUUUUACAACUCUUUGCAGCUUGAUAUGUUCUUAUCAUGCUCUACUGCUAAGGAGUAACUUCAAAGUUUAUCUAAAGUAACGCUUUAAAUUUGUCAUUAUUCACUGGUCAAUGUCCACAGAAAAAUAAGACGGUCGCCCUAUAAUGCGAACAUUAUGUAAAGUACAGUCAGGACACUUUGGACGUUGUUCACAUGGCCGACACUUCUGCAAAUUUAAACUAUUGCAGUCCACUGCCUACAGAAGACUAACCAGGUACCAUUAUUUAUUUUCUGAGAUAGAUGAAAAAGGCUAUUCAAACAAACGUUAUGUCCAAAGUUUAGAUUCAGAGGCUUAUUAUUAUACGGCAAAUUUCAGUCUCGUGUACUCUUAGUUUGGUAAA